AUGGAAGCCACUGGGGAUUUUGGGCCUGCGCCUUCAGGCAUUGACCUCGCCGAGAACCAGCAAACCCAGAUGCUGAGUGCAGUCAUUACUCUGAUGAUAGUUGGAACCGUAGCGGUUCUUUGGCGCAUGGGUAUACGCACAAAGACAUCUCCAACGAAUUUCGGUCUUGAUGACUUUUUGAUCUGUGCUGCUUUGUGGUUCGCCUAUGGCACGGGUAUAUGCGUAAUCAUCAGUGAGUACACUCGAAUCUUGAUCCACUGCAUCAUCACAACCUUCUUGACUGAUCCCUUUCUCUGCAAAGGUAUCAAAUACAAAAAUGGGUGGCACCAGCAAGCCCUCACUGACUCCGAAUUCGUCUCUCUUUGGAAGCUCCUUUUCGCACAUGUUUUCAUCUACUCGACAACGGUCACUCUGACCAAAUCCUCAAUCACUCUUUUCUAUCGUCGCAUCUUUAACCUUCGUUGGUCGUUUUACUUCGCCAUAGUCAUCAUCCUAGCCUAUUUCGUCGCUGUCGUGGUCACUUUUGCGGCCGCUUGUCGCCCCACAUCAUAUUUCUGGGAGCAAUACCUAAGCCCUACGGCUGAAGGGGCAUGUAUAGACGUUCCUCAAUUCUUCUUGGUCAAUGGCAUUGCUGCUGUCGUGAUUGAUAUCAUCAUUCUGAUUGUUCCGGCUCCUGUCAUCUGGAAAUUGCAAAUGCCAAAGUCCCAACGCGUUGCGGUUACGAGUAUCUUGCUGCUCGGUGGUGGCGUCUGCAUCGCCGGUAUCGUUCGUGUUGUUUUCUUAUACAAAAACACACAUUCCAACGAUCAAUCGUGGACGAUUGCCCCCGUGUUCAUGUGGUCUUGCGUUGAACCUUUCAUUGGAAUUGUCUGCGCCUGUCUGCCAACCUUUUUGCCCAUGUUCCGCCGCUGGUGGGCGAUUUUGGGAAUCAGGAAGGGUUCCAAUAAACAGGAGGACUACUAUGGUGCAGUGGGCUCUCAGACACGUCGCUCAAGACAACACAUGUCUGAAGAUGAAGAAGAUGGCCCUCACGGGGACGAGGUUCAGUUAACCAGCUUCCCUGGUUGGCCAUUGAACUUCUUACGGGGAAAGGGUAGCAGAGAUGAUGUACGAUUGUCCAGGUCGAAGAUUCAGAUCAAAGACGAGGUUACAAUCUCGUAUUCUAUAGAACGAGCGGUGUGA